UGGCAUCUCUCCGUGGUUAUCAUCACUAACUCCCCCUCUUGUGAAUAGGUUCGGCCUUACCAGCACUGCCGGCCAGCGGUGGUACCACCUCGACCACGUCUACAACUCCAACUACUUCAACAACAUCUGCGUCUGGAUCGAUGGCAAACCCUCCGGAACUGCCGUCGCGCCCGGAUUCUCUCAAUUCUGUUGUUAACCGCACCGCCUCGACAUACUCUCCGUACGGCGCAUCGCGAUUGGGAACAAGCCCUUAUGGAGGCUACGGCGGAUACGGCGGAUACGGUGGCUACUCAUCGCCAUACUCACGUUUGGGUGGGAUGGGAUCGAUGUACGGUGGCUACGGAGGGUACGGUAGCAUGUAUGGAGGUAUGGGGGGCAUGGGCGGGAUGUAUGGCGGAAUGGGAGGCAUGUCUGGGGAUCCGAAUGACCCGAACAGCUUGACAAACUCGUUCAGUCAAAGCACGCAGGCCACGUUCCAGAUUAUCGAGAGCAUCGUUGGCGCAUUUGGUGGGUUUGCGCAGAUGCUAGAGAGCACCUAUAUGGCCACGCAUAGUUCCUUCUUUGCCAUGGUGUCUGUCGCGGAGCAAUUUGGGAAUCUGAGAAAUACCUUGGGUUCUGUUCUGGGAAUCUUCACACUGAUCCGAUGGUUCAAGACGCUCUUCGCCAAGCUCACCGGCCGGCCACUACCUGCAGAUGCAACAGCCCUGACGCCAUCUGCUUUCUCUGCAUUCUUGCACGGCAGAUCGGCUCCUGCAUCCCUUCCUGAUGGCUCUCCCGCUCCCCCAAGGCCGUCGAAGAAGCCCUUCCUCAUGUUUAUCGUCGCCGUCUUCGGCCUUCCCUACCUGAUGGGUAAGCUGAUCCGCGCUCUCGCUCGUUCUCAGGAGGAAGAGGCAAAACGCCAACAGCUCCUGAUGGGAUCUGGCGAACCUGGCCAGCAAAGUGCGCCUCUCGAUCCCUCCAAGCUGGAUUUCUGUCGCGUCCUGUAUGACUACACCCCGGAGACGCAGAACACCAACGGCAUCGAUCUUGCCGUGAAGAAGGGCGACAUUGUCGCCGUGCUUGGUAAGUCUGACCCGAUGGGCAACCCAUCAGAGUGGUGGCGCUGCAGGGCCAGGGACGGUCGUGUCGGAUAUCUCCCCAGCCCGUACCUCGAAACUAUUCAGCGGAGACCCGCGCAGCAGGCGAUCACCACUGGCAGUGCUCCCGCUAGCAGGACUGGUACUAUGCAGAGCACAACUGGUGCGGCUACGGAAGCCCGAUCUCAGAGCAUGUCUGCUGUGUCGCACCCGGAGGAGAAGAAGCCGGAAAUCAAGGGCAAGAUGGGUGACAUCUCUCCGGAAAGUUUCCAAAAGAGCACCUUCUACUCAUGAGUUCAUUAUUCCUGUCUUGGAUGAGUUUCCCUUUGCUUCGGAUGCCCUCGAUUCUACCUAUUAUUGUCUUAUCAGUCUUAUAUGAUUAUCAGCGCUUUAUUUGCUACGUUUAAAGAGCGGAUAUCCGUCUCCUUAUUUACCUUUGUCUUUCCUUAUAAUGUCCUUGGAAUUGGUUUCCGAGUGUGUAUACGACUGGGCUAGCCUUCUCAUAUCU